AUUUUCAUGAAUUUCCUUAAGAUGAAAAAAAUAAAGUUAGUUUUAUUUUUAUUUAUUUUUUUAUUUUGUAUAAAAGAUAUGAUUUCAACAAUCGGCACAACAACAAUUCAAACAACAGCACCAAAUUCGUUAGUCAUGAAUCCAACAUCUAUGUUAGUAGAGAUGAAAAGCUUUAUUCCUUCUUCAUAUACUUUUGAAACAAAAAUCCAGAAGAUAAAGCAAGAACUUUUAACAAGUAAUUUAGACUGUACCGCACAGGAUGAAGAAAAUGAAGAAUAUCUUUAUGACAUGCAGGACAUUAUUGACCAUUUACCCAAAUUGCCUGAAAUCCAACAACAAAAGCUCACUAUUCAUGAAUUCGAUGAAAUAGAAGUGAAACCAACUGACUCAGUAGAAAUAAAGAAGUUCAUACGUAAAGUAAAUUAUGAGUUUCUAGGAUAUCAUUGCAACCAUAAAGUUAUGGACAAAGAUUGCGACAUGGUAUAUAAGAACAUCUCUGACAUAUAUAAAUCCGAAGAAUUUAAGACAUACGACAACUUUGUUUCAUUAGUUGCAGAAUGUGUAUGGCAGAUAAGAGAUAAAGAUAGAAGAGGUAAGGUAUGGAAUGAACAGAUAAAACCAACUGCUUUUGAGUUAAAGAAAACCAUUGACGCCUUAGUUGUUCUAGCAGGUCAAAUUUCAAUGUAUAACGCAAAAAUGAAUCCACAAUGUUCUAAAUGUAAAGCAGC